AUGGGGAAGUCUAUAGAGUUAGGUAAGAUUCUUCAGAAGAGGAAGAUCAACAUAGCGUGUGUUCAGGAGACUAGAGGGAAGGGUAUUUGGGCACGGGAUGUAGAUGGGUUUAAACUAUGGUACUCAGGAAGCGCUGGGGGUAAGGAUGGGGUAGGUAUUUUAGUUGACAGGGACCUCAGGGAGCUCGUGAUUGAGGUUAGGAGGGCAAAUGAUAGGUUGAUGAGUAUUAAGCCUGUAGUUGGUGGGUUUACUAUACACGUGAUUAGUGCAUACGCUCCUCAGGUAGGUUUGGACCAGGAGGUCAAGAAGCAAUUCUGGGAGGAUUUGGACAAGAUGGUACGUAGUAUCCCGCAAACAGAGAAGUUGUUCAUUGGCGGAGAUUUCAAUGGCCAUAUUGGGGCUAGUGCUAGGGGUUAA